AUGUUGUAUCGGGGUGGUUGGGCAGAGAAGCAGAACACAGAAAAUGAUGUGAUGAGAUGUACGGGCGACAGGCGGAGUGUGGCAGAGUGGAAGAGAGCGAGCGAGCGCGAGGCCACCAGUCUCAGUCAUCCAGCAGCAGCAGCAGCAGCAGCAGCAUGCUGUGCGUUCACGCCGCCACCGCCACCACCACCACCAUCACCACACCACACCACCAGCAUCACAACACACGCGCACACGCCCAGCAAACCCGCCCGCGUCCAUCCAUACUCACGUAGAAGAUCAUGCGCCGACGUCAACUUCUCGCCGCCGCCAUCAUCACCACCGCCAACAUGUGACCACAACUAA